AUGCCGCUUCUCGAUGCCCGCGAUGCCCCAUCCUACGGAACCAUUUCACGGGAGGAGGACUCUGCAUAUGAAGAGGAACAGCUGCUACAGAAUCACCAUGAGACAGACGGAGAACUGAGUGACGGGCUGGACGAGGCACAGGAGGGUGUACGCAAGAUCGAAGCCAUAAACAUGACUUGGACAACGCGGUCUUUGAUGAUUGCUUAUUGCAGUAUAUUCUUGAUGGCCUUCUGUACUUCGUUGGAAGGCCAGACUGUUGCAUCAUUGUCAGCGUACGCAACCAGUGCUUUCAGUAAGCAUUCGCUGGUGUCUACUGUACUGGUGAUUCAAAACGUAGUCAAUGCCGUCAUCAAGCCACCGAUGGCGAAGAUCGCCGAUGUGUUUGGUCGUUUCGAGGCAUUCUGUCUCAGUAUCCUGAUCUAUAUACUUGGUUAUGUGCAAAUGGCCGCGUCGAAUAAUGUGCAAACUUACGCCUCCGCUCAAAUAUUCUAUGCUGCCGGGUCGACAGGCUUGCAAAUUCUGCAGCAAGUAUUUAUUGCUGAUAGCAGUGAUUUGUUGAACCGUGCAUUUCUCGCCCUGUUGCCGGAAUUCCCGUUUUUGAUCACUGUCUGGCUGGGCCCGACAAUCGCGGACGCGGUACUUCGGUCAUCUUCGUGGCGGUGGGGCUAUGGCAUGUGGGUUGUAAUCCUGCCUGCUGCAUUUCUCCCUCUCGCGCUCUCGCUGUUGCUGAACCAACGGAAGGCCCGGCGAUUGAAUUUGAUAAGGCCUUCUAGGCGCAAGCGCAAGCGGAGUCUCGCUGCUGUUAUCCGAAAGACGUGGUAUGACUUGGAUAUCGGUGGACUCACCCUCUUAUCGACAGCGGUCACUUUGCUCCUUGUGCCUCUUACACUGGCGGCGAACACCAAACAGGGAUGGCAAACUCCCAGCAUCGUCAUCAUGAUGGUCCUCGGUCUGGUCUGUUUGGUCGCAACCCCGCUAUAUGAAUCGUCCAAGAAGCUAGCACCGAAACCAUUACUUUCUUUGCAUUUGCUCAAGCAACGAACAGCCCUGGCAGGUUGUGCUUUGGCUUUCUGGUACUUUAUGGCAUUUUACUUUUCCGUUCAGCCGUAUCUCAACUCCUACCUGCAAGUUGUUCAAGGAUACGAUGUCGGCACCGCCGGCCGCGUCACCCAAACAUUCGCUUUUACCUCAACCAUUGCCGCGUUUGGCGUUUCGAUUUUGAUCAAAUAUACCCGUCGAUACCGAAUCUUUGUGACUAUCGGAUGUGUUGUCUACAUGGUCGGCAUAGCGCUCAUGCUCCUUUGUCGCCAAGAGGGGGCAACACAUUUCCAAGUCCUGGGCACCCAGAUAUUGGUGGGGUUCGGCGGUGGUCUAGUCAACGUCCCCGUUCAGCUGGGCGUGCAAGCCUCUGCGAGCCAUCAGGAGGUCGCUGCAGCGACAGCGAUGUUCCUUACAUCCAUGGAGAUGGGUGGAGCUGUUGGGGCUGCAAUUUCUGGCGCAGUCUGGAGUCAUUUGAUCCCUCGCAAGCUGUAUCAGUAUCUUCCUGAUGAGGUCAAGCCUCAGGUCGGUGAGAUUUUUGGGAAGCUCACAAAGGCCCUAGAGUACCCUAUGGGCUCUCCGGCCCGCCAUGCCAUCAACCGGGCCUAUCAAGAAACCAUGAAUCGCCUUCUCACCUUCUCCAUCAUUGUUACUAUUCCUCUUAUCCCCUUGAGCCUCAUGAUGACGAACUACAAGCUUGACCAGGUGAGACACCGUGACCCCGAGCCCAUAGUACUUAUCUGA